AAAUGUGUUCAUAUCGAACUCGUCACAGGAUUAAGCGCAGAAGCCUAUAUUCUUACUCUGAAAAGGUUUAUUGCCAGAAGAUCCACGCCCAGUAUUAUUUGGAGCGACAAUGCCACAAAUUUCCAUGGGGCAAAAAAUGAAAUGCGCGAAUUCUAUGAUUUUUUCUUAAAUCAAAAUAAUUCGGAACAGAUUAAGGAAUUCUGUACUCAAAACUCCAUAACUUUCAAGAUGGGUGUUCCCCGCAACCCCCAUCAAUUCGGCCUCCAUGAGGUAGGAAUAAAGAGUGUGAAGUAUCACCUCUAUCGAAUUAUAGGAAAUUCCCACUUCACCUUUGAAGUGUUUAACACAGUAUUAUGCCAAAUCGAGGCUAUUCUAAAUUCGAGACCCAUCACUAGGAUGUCGUCUGACGCCAAUGACUUCGCUUUCCUAUCUCCAGCUCACUUCUUAGUUCAAAGAAGUUUAACCGCGCCCCCUGAACCAAGUGUUUCAGAGAUACCUGAAAAUAGGUUGAAUCUUUUUCAGCGUAUUAGUAAAAUUCAACGGCAAUUUUGGAAAUUGUGGAAAAAAGACUAUCUUUGCCUCCUGCAGCAAAGAAAUAAAUGGACCGACCCUACUGACCCUGUCAAGAUCGGGGAUUUGGUUCUGUUGAAGGAGGAUGGUACUCCUCCACUCUUAUGGCCAACUGCCAGGGUAAUAGAUGUAUUGCCUGGUAAGGAUGGUCUAGUUCGUACUGUCAAGAUUCACACUACUCACGGUGAUUUUCUUCGUGGUAUUACGAAAAUCGCUGUGAUUCCCCUGGAAGAUUAAAAUCUAUCCCUAGGGGGAAAACUUAUCGUUUUCCUCCAUUUUAUCGUUGUUACCCCUUGUGUAUAUAAACUCUAAUUUCUUCAAACAUUUCUUAUCGUUGUGCACAUCUUUGCCAAUCCCCUCUCUUCGAGGUGAUAUAGGCCAUCUCUCUCGCCUGUCGCCCCCGGCAAUAUGUACAAUAAAUAUAUUAUACACGGCUCACUAAAAUAAUUAGUUACGCCCCUGUACUACUGAUUACUUAAAAUUCAAGUAGUAUUUAUGUAACCUUUCUGGAAACUCCAGGUUAUUGUUGAGACUCGCAUUUGAACCCCUCGCCGGGGCAGAUCGUCAAAAGCUUCCUAACGAGAAUCAUCUCUAAUCUAUCGACGCUCCCGCUAUUCGUAAAAAGGCCGCAUUUUACCGGCUUUUUUUGCUAUCGUUUUAUACCGCUCAGAUAAUUCAAUCUGCUCAGUAUUAUCGACGAUGAUUUAUUUAGCGUAUUAGUGAGUGCCUUACAAAUGAACCAAAUGGAUUAUGGAAUUCAAUCAGAGCUCUGAUGUGACACGUCAUCAAGGAAUAAAACUAUUUUUUGUCCAUACAGAAGAAUAUGUCCAGACGACCAACGCAUGAAGACUCAGGGAUACACAACGGAAGCAGUCCAAAGGAGAUAUAUAUAUGAAAUAUAAUAAAAUGUUAAUUUUUAAAUGGAAAUAAAUGUUUUUAUUUUUA